AUGCAGUCACAAGCCCGACAGACGCCGCCCUCGAACCAGAGCGCUUCUCCAAUCACUCUCGCUCCUUCCGCCAUCACCACAGGCAACAAGACAGAGCCACCACCGCAGUCUUCACAAGAUGCAGCAGCGCAGUACUUUUUAGCAGCUCAGCAGCCUUUCGACACUGCCAGUCACUCUCCUUUGUCAGCUUCCGCUUCCGCAGAUCAACCAGGCUCUGGCUACCAAUCAAGCAGUGCACAAUCAGCAGCCGGUGAUCUGAUGCCAGAUGGCGGCCCACCAUCGACUUCGACUGCUGCUUUGCGCCGACCCUCUUCCCUCGGUCCCAAAGCAUCCGAAGGACAUCGAACUCAGAAACACAGAUGGUCUGCCGAAGAGACACAGGCACUCGUUGAUGGAUGCAACAAGCAUGGCGUCGGAAACUGGAAGAAGAUUCUCUCAGAUCCAGAGCUUUCUGCUCUCUUCUCCGACCGAACAGCGGGAGACCUCAAAGACCGAUUCCGAACGUACUUCCCCGACGCCUACCAUGAGAUGUAUCCAAAUGCUAAAACGCAUCUCAGCAAAGCAGUCAGAGGUCGAGAUGCUGAAGGCAAAAGCAUCUUUGAAAAGGGAAAAACAAAGGAGCGUCGUCCAUUCACAGCUGAGGAGGAUGCCGCUCUCCGCGCAGGCUACCAACAAUACGGCUCUCACUGGGCAUUGAUAGCCAAGAACCCCAUCUUCAACGGUCAAAGACGUGCUAUCGAUCUGCGUGAUCGUUUCCGUAACGCUUUCCCAGAAGACUACGAGCGAGCCGGUUUCAAGCCACGACCGUCUAAGGCCAAGAAGGAUCGUGGACCCAGCGCAGCCAAACCUGGUGAAGGUCGUGCUAGUCGAGCAAGCCUGCUGGCAGGCACACUCUCAGAUCACAGUUUGUCAGAGGGGGCUUGGCGUGGCCCAGAGUAUUCUCUCAGCGAUACCACCAGCGACGGUCAUCUCACAGAUCACGGCAACCUCACCGACUACAGCUACUUUACUGAUCAAGACAACCUCACCGACCAUGGUAGUCUCACAGAUGGAGGUCCCGAGCAGAUCUUCUCUGGCCCAUCCAGCGGCGCCAGCAGUGCUCUUGGUCAUUCAAACUCUCUCAAUGGUGGCACGUUGCCACGUCAAAUAUCAGCGCGGAUGGCACAAAGCGAGCAGAGAAGCUUUGGUCAAGUCUUUACCAUGCAGCAACAACAGCAACAAUCGAGGCCGCCUUUCAUGUCAUCCAACACGGCACCACUGCCUGGUGCAGGUUUGCCGCUUCGUGAAUCUGACAUGGUGACAGGUCAAUCGAUACACAGUCUCUUCGAACAGCUCCAACAGGCAAGUCUCGAAGCUCCUGGCACCACCUCGAAGACAAGCAGCAUCCGCGAGCGAGCCACUCCUCCAAGUGCAAGUGAAAGCGACCUUGCAAAUCAACAGCAACUCCAGCACAUGCAUCACCAGCGCUUGUCUGCCCAUGGCAAAGCUGCUUCUGCAGAUGAUGCUCGUCGACAAGCUGGAAAGCAAGCUAGUCAUGACGGAGUCAGCCACAAGCGGAGGAGUCAUGUCACGCGUACAGGGAAGAACUCGGCUCUCGAACGCUUGCCUUCUGUUCACGGUCAUCUACAUCAUAUGCACGGUCAUGGUCAUGGAAAUGGUCAUGGAAAUGGUCACGCUCACCUGGCUGCUCAGCAAAGCGCCCAUUCGGGGCCUCACUCUCAGUCUUCCAGCCAACGUCAAUCCCCUGCAGGUGGCGCGAUGCCUAUCCAAGCAGAUGCUCGACUCUCGCCCUUGAGUCACACCGAGCCUGCUCCCCCCGAUGUGCUGGCAUGGUUGAAUCCCAAUGGUCAUCCGAUGCUGCCUGUUGCCUCUCUGAUGGACGUGGAUGACCAACGAGCCAUAGCUCAAGGAUUAUCUUCCUGGUCGGCGUACAGCUCAAGUGCGAGCGAUAUUUCUGGCACCAGCUUGGAUGCCUCCGCUUGCGGCAGCUUCCUCGGCCACCAGGCCCCUCCCUUUGGUGCCGGCCUGCAGUUCCCGGGUCAGUCAGGUCUGAUCUCUCCACCUUCGGGCUCGUCAGGCAUGAUGGUCCCCGGAAUGGGUGCAGCCUCAGACUCGUCAGCAUCAUCAGCCGCAGGCUCACGCAGGUCUUCAGCCGCCUUCGAUGCAUUCGCACAGCAACAGCAGCAGCAGCAACAACAACAACAACAACAACAACAACAACAACAACAACAACAGCAGCAGCAGCAACAACAACAACAACAACAACAACAACAACAACAACAACAACAGCAGCAGCAGCAACAGCAACUGCCGCAGGCGAUCAACAAGUCAUUCGAAAAUCAGCAGCCAGACAUGCGUGGCAGCUUCAUGGUCAAUCAGAUGCAAAACUUCAUGAAUCCGCUCUCAUCCCCUGCUGGUGAUGCGGCGCAAUGGAACAUGGAUUGGGACCUAGGCAGUAUCUCGGACUCGGGCUUGCAGACAGAGGAUGUCAACGAGCUCCUCGCUUCCUUACCACUGUCUCACCGUUCUUGGGCCGGUGACCUCCACCAUGGAGCCACAUCAACUGGCGCGGGCGAUUCCUUCACGCAACAGAUAUUGUCAUCCCAGGCUAGCACUCGUAAGCAGCCCGAAGCUUCCGCCGACUUGUCGAGUAUGCAGUUCAUGGGCCAAGGUCAGACACCAGAUGAAGCCAUGCUCCGCCAGAUCAAUGUGCUUGGCAAUCCAAUGCAACAGCAACAACAGCAGCAGCAGCAAUCACAGAUCACAGCAAGUCAAAUUGCCAAUCCGUCCGGCAAUGAGGGCGGUGUAUCGUUUGCCACAGUGACAUACGGCGACCCGUUGGUGCGCGAAGACCGAGAAGGCUCACCCGAUUCACUCGAAUUGCAGCGAGAGCAGACCUUCACAGCCAAGGACGUUGGUACUCACUUCGUUCGCGACGAGCGCAAAGACGAAGAGGAGUCUGACGACGAUCAACGACGACGCUCUACCGACACACUCCGUCAUGCCGAUGGUGCGCUUGAGGCCGCACUUGAGUCGGUCGAAGACACACGUGCGCUUGCGUUUGCACAGCAGUUCCAACGCGACGCAAACUCGGACGAGGAGGACUCUGAUGAAGAGGCAGACGAAGAUGGAUACGAGGAGGACUCUGAUGAAGAAGCAGACGAAGAUGGAUACGAGGAGGACGAAGAAGAUGACAACGAGCCAGAGCACGAGCCAGAAUACAACUUUCAACAGGUUCUCGAUGAUUUGCAGGCGUCCGAGGGCGGCGGCAUCUCAAGUAACUUUUUCGACGGGCCCUUCGGCGAUAGCAUCACUGCGACCCCAGGCGCCCCCAACCAGCAGCUAGGUGGUAUCGACGGCAACGAUCUGUCCCUAUACCGCGACAUGGGCCGAUCGCCGGCGUCGCAGCAACGUCAGCAGGACUUGUCUUCGCAAACUCAGUCAUCAUAUGGCGGAUCGCCGGCAGCAGCUGCUGCAUCGAUGAACCAGAUGUGGAAUGCUGGUCAGCCGCUCAAUCGGCUUCCGCAGCUAUACAUGGAAGGCUCAGAUGCAGGAGGUAGCAGCGUUCAGAUGAACGCGGGAUGGACUUCGAGUCCCACUGGCGCUAGUCCGAGGUAUGCGAUCUCUCCGGCUGUAAGCAAUGGCGGUGGCGGUGCUGCUAGACAGGGUGGCGGUGGUGGAAGCGGAAGCGGAAAUGGUAGCCCGAGUCAAGGUGGCGGUUAUACUCAAUAA